UUUAAAGAACCCGGAUAAUAUGACGUCAUUGCCAUACAUUCGCCAUUAUCCAUUAUAAUUUUUCAUCGACUUGUGGAGGAAGCUGGACAAGUAGACCUCCUUAACCUUUUCCAGUUAUUUUCUAAGAUAGAAUGGCUGCUCCUCCACAGAAUCCCCAGGCUGGUCCAGGGGGACCGCCUAUGUCUGCUGCCGGAGGCCCCGGGGGGCCACAGCCCGCCCAGCCCAGCAAGCGCUUACAGCAGACUCAGGCCCAAGUAGAUGAGGUUGUUGAUAUUAUGAGAGUCAAUGUUGAUAAAGUACUGGAAAGGGACCAGAAAAUUUCAGAACUCGAUGACAGAGCAGAUGCAUUACAAGCUGGGGCAUCACAAUUUGAAGCUAGUGCUGGAAAACUGAAGCGAAAAUAUUGGUGGAAGAAUUGCAAGAUGAUGAUUAUUUUGGGAGUAAUAAUUGCUGUCAUAGUAAUUAUUAUUAUUGCCUGGGUGGCCUCUACUUAUGGUUAAACAUGAGAAUAUGGGCAGUUACAAGCAACAGUAGCAGUGACAGCAACACGAAUAACAACAACAGUGGAUAGAUGGACUUCAUAUUGGACACAUCAUUCAUAUUCCUGUGUAGUGCUUAGUUACAUACCGUACCAACUAUCUCUUUUCAAUAUUACAACAUUUACUUAUGCUGUAUCCAUUAUUUUAAAGCAAAUCUAUCCAGUUUUAAGGUUUAAGAAAAAAAAUUUUGUCUUCAGGUCAAAGUAAAUUGUGAAGAAAAAAGACAAAAAACUAGAAUAAGAAAGUUGGAAAAUUUUCUGAAAGUAAUAUGUGUAAAGCAAUAUGAACAACUUGCUUUAGUAUAUUUUAGAUUUUUCGAAACGAAAGUUUAUCAGUGUUCAUCAUGUGUUGCAUUGUCCACGAUUUUUAUUCAACAGAUUUUUAAUUGCUUUCUGUUUCUGCAAAUGAAAUGAUGUGAUUUAAUUGAUAUAUAUAUAUUAAAACUCCUGUGUUGUGGUUUGAAAUUGACAUCUUUGUAUCAUCAUUUACGUCCGAGAUGACAGACAUGGGGUCUAUAGACAUUUGGAUUUUGCGUCAGAUCGAAACAUUCCAGUUUUAUUUGGGUCAUGUUAAAAGUUCAGAAUUAUGUAAUUGCGAAUAAUGUUAAUUGUAAAUUGUAUAUUUUAGAAAGAAAUUUCACUGUAUUUUGUUAUGCCAUCAGUUUCAAAUGUUUAAUGAUUUACAAAAUAUUUUCAAGUUUCAAGAUUAUUUCACAUUUAUCGUUUGAAAUUACCGAUAUCGACUGGUAUUUCUCUGCUAGGAAGAGAAAAAGAUUUUUUUUUUAAAUGUAAUUUGUUAUAAAGAAUCUUCAAAACUAUCAAAUGUUAAUCCAGAAAAGUAGGGUUAGUAGUUUAGUUGACAGUAUAGAUGACUUUGAACUAGGUGAUUCUGUUAAGUUACAUUAUCGAUUUCUCUGGUAUGAUUGUACAUGUUUGUUAUUUAUUAUUUAAACACUACUGUACAGCAACUGUUGAUUUCUUAUUGGGUGCACAUAGUUCUUCUGUUAUUAAUCAUUAUGUAUAUAUAAAUAUAUGUGUAUAUCGGACCCCCCUGUUUACAAAACAUGUAAAUAACUUAUUCAAUCGGAUUAACUUUUCAUAGCCAAACUUGCUGUUUUCAUUCUGCCAAAAUGGCAUGAACUUAAUGAUAAUUUUUUUUUUUACACAGGCUUGCGAUCAAUCAUUUUUUCCAUAUACUAAUUAAUUUUCAGUGAUUAAAAUUGUAAAUUUUUAAAAAGUAAGGCAUUUUGUUUAUCAUAUCUUGAUGUUCUGUAAACUGAUGUGUGUGUUUAUAAGUGUGUAGGGUGUUUUGUGGAUCCAUAGCUCUGACAGAGUAUGUAUAUACCUAUAUAUAUACUGGUCCCAAUGUCAGACUAGCACUUUGUGUAGUAGACUCUGUGUCUUGUUGAUUCAGUCUUUGUCAAAACAAUAGAUUAAAUGCUUAAUGUAUAUAGGCAAACAUAAA